AUGACUGUUUUCUUGAUAACAGGAGCUAGCUCAGGCUUAGGCCUUGCCUUGAGUCUUGCGGCUCUGCACCGUGGUCACCGGGUCAUAGGAACAACUCGUGAUUCAGUUAAAGCCCGUACAACCAACCCUGAUUUCGAAGGUUUAGGAGGUGUCUGGCUUUCAAUGGACGUUUCCAGCCCUUCUUGUGAAAGCUGUGUGCGCCAUAUCGCUGAGAAAGAGAACGUUGAUGUUCUUAUCAACUCAGCUGGGUAUGCGCUUCUGGGCCCAGUGGAGCAGAUUAGUGACACGGAAGCCCACGCACAGAUGGAAACAAAUUUUCAUGGGACGUUGCGGACCGUUCGAGGCGUUCUUCCAACAUUCCGCUCUCGCAGAUCUGGCACAAUUGUCAAUAUUACCAGCGGUGCAGGUUUCAUUGGCCUUGCGAGUCGAGGUCUGUAUUGCAGUAGUAAGUUUGCCGUUGAAGGUCUUUCAGAGGCACUUGCGAACGAGCUCGCCCCAUAUUCCAUACGCAUAAUCAUCGCCGAGCCAGGUGCAUACAGAACUAAAUUUCUGGAUACCUUGACAUUUCCUGAAGCUGGUAUUGGGGAAUACUCAGAAACACCGGCUGGAAAGAUGAUUGAAAUGACAAAGGAUAUGAAAAAUCGCAAACUGGGAAACGUCGACAAAGCUGCAAAUGUGCUUCUUGAUGUGAUCAUCGGCUCUGGCUUGGCGGCUGAUGAAACGAUCAAGAAGUGUUUGAGAGUACCUCUGGGACAAGACUGCUGGCCUUUGGCGAAAAAGAAGGCAGAGGCGUGGGUGAAAGAGUUGGAUACAAUAGAGGACAUAUCAAUGAGUGUUGGAGUUGAAGAUUAA